CCUUCCUGCUCUCCCCCUCUCUUUGCAUUGUGGGAGCUGUAGUGCUUUCUCCAUGGGAACUCUUCACUUGUUGAGGAAUUUAGAAAAACGACUUGGUAUUAACCUGCCCGAGAGCUGUGCAUUACAACAAUGUAUCAGCCCGUGUAAACAAUGCUUGACGUUCCUGCAGUGCACGUUCUGUGCUGAGAUACAAAGUAUCCCAAGGCCUGUGUGGCAGCCUAGCCAUGGCCAGUUCCAGCCUUUGUAACUCUGAUAUUGUGCUGCAGUACAGUGUAGAGUCAGUCCAGAUAGUCCCUGGUUUGCUAGCCACAGCUGUGGUCCUGGGCACUGUGAUUGGCAUCAUCUCUGCAGGGCUGCUAUCUGUCUAUGUGUUCCUGCCAUGGCUAUCAAAGAAGAAAAAGGUAAGGAUCACAGGGCAAGGUCACAAGGAAAGAACUUCUGAGAUAAGUGAACAAGACUGUGAGGCUCCUUCGAAAUCAAAAAAGAAGAUCGUUCCUAGAUCUAAACCCAAGUCACUGACUGAAGCAGAUAAUCCGCUAUCAGACAAUGGAGUUGCUGAGUUUGCAUUAAAGGCCAAAGUUAUUUAUCCAAUAAAUCAAAAGUUUCGGCCUCUUGCAGACGGAGCCUCCAACCCUUCAUUGCAUGAGAACAUCAAGCAGACACAAUUGCCUAAUCAGAUGAUUGAAGGUUCUGCCUGCAGCAGCAUUGAAUCUCUAAGCCAUAGAGAGAAGGAUGACAGCAGUUCUUCUACAACAAUACAUUCCACCACAAGUGAAGAUAGAUUUUAUGAAAGGACCUUUCCACGGGUGACAAGUUUUCCAGAAGUCCUUUCAUGUAAUAGCUGUGAUGUUAAACUCUGUCUGUAUAGCCUGUGUUUGCAAAGUUUGCCUCUUCUCGACUUAGAACUAAGACAAGAGCAGCACACGAUGUUUGUUCAGAUUCUACGAAUAAACCUUACUGAUCUGUUGCUGAAAAAGAAGAUUGAUGGAGAAAUGUAUCGAAACAUACUUAUGACACAAGAGGCAGAACUGAAGGAACUUGAAGAACGUUAUCGAUCAAGGGUGACUUCUACCAAGCUGGUCAGAGGACAAAAUCCCAAGGUCCAAACUAUGGAGGACAUUGAACGAAAAGAACGAGAAUACUCAGAUCACCUCAUUCAGAUUAUCGAAAGUUUUUGGAAGCAAAUUGAGAACGUACACCAAUUCUUUAUGGACCAAGCAAAGUGCACGUAUGAUGAAGCUGGAAGAAUAAUGACAAAUCUGAUAUCAAAAAUGUUAAUUGUUGACAAAAUCCUGUGUGAAUCACAGGAAAUACAGGCAAUGGAACUCCAAGAGAAAAUGAUCAGUUGGGAAUAUAUGGCAAAGGUGGUCGAGUCUUUGAAAUUCCAGAUUCAGAAAGAAAGUGAAUGCAGACUGAAUGCCGUCUCUAAAACCUUGGAACAUUUAACUGCGAAGAAAAGAAUAUCAAUGAGACAGAAGGAGAAGCUGUUCACUGAACUUUCUGAAGCUUUCCUGGAAGAAGUAACUCAGUUUAACAAUGACAGCCUAAUGCAAACCAAGUCCCUCGUGACCAAACAGUUGGAACUCAGACGCAAGCUCCAGGACAUCCUUCAAAAAUCCCAAAAAGAAGAGCGACAAACUUUCCUCACCAAAGCUCAAGAAUCGCGUGAACCAGACAGCUUUAUUAAGGAGUACCAUAAGCUCUUGGAAAAACAGCGUGAGCUUCUCUGUGACCUGGAAGAUGAAGAAGACAGUAAAACCGUUGACUCUGUGGUUGACUUAUGCAAGGAUUUAUAUACGGGGGCUUCACAGAAAUUUGAGAAAUUCGUUAAAGCAUUGUUUCUUCAGACACUCCCUGAAAUGACAAACAUGAAUAUGCGAGAGUGUGAAAGUCUCAAACAGGAAUUGAAAAAUAAUCUGUCUGGCGAGCUGGAAAAAGCUGAAAAUGAACGGAAAACCAGGAUCAAGCUCUUUCAGGAAAUACUGAUGCAAGAGAAACAGCUUUGGGCAAGGGAACAUGUCUUCUCGUCUACUCUACACAGUUACGUGUCCGAGAUGCAGCAGAAGAUUAUCGAAGGAGUUUUAAGCCGAUUAAGUGGUCUCACCGAUGAGUCCAACAAAAAUGCACUUCAGAGACACAAUUUGUUAAUGAAAUGUGUGCUCCGACCAUUAAGCCUUCGGAAUAUCGCCAUGGCUACCCUGACACAGAUGAGAAUGUCAUGGAAGAUAAGCCUCCUAUAUGAAUUAAAGGAAAAAAACAUCCUAGAAAAGUCCAUCUGGCCUUGCCAGGAUGAAGAACAAUGGCAAAUUCAAAAUAACAUGGAAACCCGUAUUUUGGAAGAAGAGAGAAAGCUGGAGAAGGAAAUGAUGGAAGCACGCGUAGAUUUCCAGCAGCAGCUACUGGCCGACCUGAUGGAAGUUAACCUGAUCAUCAGACAGCACAUGGAGCGAACUAUUGGGCAGGCUCUAAUACAGUACGCACAGCAGGAGGCCGCCAAGAGCAUGGCCGACAGCAACGCAGAGUUUAAGGAACGUUUGGUUGAAGCAGCUGUUGAAAGCGUGUAUGUGACUAGCAGCGGGGUCAGUAAAUUAGUGCAAAACUACAAUCAAAAUCUACAACAGAUCUUACAGGAUCAUGAAGAGGCAAAGUUGAAGCAAAUGAAAACUGCACAUGAAAACACAGAGAUUACAAUGCGUAAAAGUAAGCAAGUACUGCCUGCUUCCACACAAAAUGAGAAUAUUUUGGGACAAGCAAAUUCCGAUCUUCAUAAGAGAUUAUUCUCGCAGAAAAAACAAUUGCUUCAGAAGGUUGACAGAUACCAGCAGACACGCUUGGAUUCCCUGAGACAAAAAAAAUCAGUUCUGCAUCGCCUGCAAGAGGAGCUUGAAAACAGGCUCAAGGGAGCAGAAGAGGAAUUUAUUGCAGAGGUGGGUGCUCUGGCCAGAAUUCGACUCGCAGAUGGAAAUAAUGCUGUAAAUAAGUCACUGCCAGAAUCGACCAGUAAAGGCGUAUCCAAGAAAAUAAAGUGAGGAUUGACGCAAAGAAGAGUAUAUUCAGACACACACACAAAUACACACACACACACGAAAUGAGAGAUUGCUUUUGUUGUCGCUGUUAACUUAAGGAAUAAUAUUAUUUUGUUUAAAGGGUACUAUAGACACCCACAUAUUGGGUGCAAUGUGUAGGUUACACCUAGUUAUGUUGAGUGGGUUUAUAUUUUCCUAUCCUCCUUCAGUUUUUUGUUUAUUUUUGCUCUGUAAGGAUACCUUUGCUGCUUCUUUCCAGCCAUCAGUGUUUCACCUUUUUGUCCUAAUGAUACAGCUGUAUGUAACUUCAUCGCUUGGGUUUCUGGGAGUUGUAGUUCAACUGCUAGCUUUUCACAGCAGAAGGCUGACAAAUGAACUACAUCUCACAGAAAGCACUCUUGUGGAGAGGCUUUAUGGGUCUCAGCACUGCAAGAAGGUUAAAGGGAUCCUAUAG